AAAUAUCAGAUAGUAACUUCAAACACUUAGAAUAUCAACUAAAUGUAAACGCGACUUUACACAUACACACAUUAUAUAUGCAUACUAUUAUAUAGCAUAUAAAUAAUUCCACUAACUUCUAAAAAAAUCUUUCUUCUAAAAAAGUAUUAUUACAUUGAUAAGUACUUUUUUUAAAACACGAUGAAACGAGACACAGUUUCACCAUCUCCUGAUGCAAUAAGUCAAAUAGAUGAAGAGGAUUUUAUAUACAAUGAAGAUGUAAUUGAAGUGAUAGAUUCUGAUACAGUCAAUGAUGAAGAAGCAAUGGAGAAAGAUCCAGAAAAAGGAGAUGCAUCUUUUGUAUUUAUUGGGCACAAAUCUGGUUCUGUCUUUUGCGGUUCUUUAAGUAAAGCUGGAAAGUUUGCUGUAACUGGAGGAGAAGAAGAUAAAGCUUAUGUUUGGGAUACAACAUCUGGAGAAAUAAUCCUAAAUUGCACCGGUCAUAAAGAUAGUGUUAUAUUUGCUGAAUUUAAUUUUGAUGAAACUUAUUUGGCAACUGGUGAUAUGAGUGGUGUAAUACAAUUAUGGAGAUUAAGUGAUAAAUGUUCUGUCUGGAAUUAUAAUAUGGGAGAUACUACUUGGAUGAAAUGGCACAUGGCAGCUAAUGUUUUAAUCGCAGGGUCUGUAGAUGGUGAAGUUUUUAUGUGGAAAGUACCUGAUGGGGAUUGCAAAGUUUUACAAGGUUAUGGAUACAGAGCAGAAGCAGGAGUAAUCUUACCUGAUGGCAAACGGCUUACAGUUGGAUAUGAAGAUGGUACAAUCCGUGUAUUUGACUUAAAAACAAAUACUGUGUUAUCAUGUAUCCCUUCAAAUAUAGGUCAUACUGCAACCAUAACAGCACUUGAUUGUUAUUUAGAUAAUAAUUUGAUAUUAUCUGCAGCAGUAGAUGGAAAAACUAUUCUUAGUAUGUCACAUACAGGAAAGAUAAUAUCCAUAUUACAAAAUCUUAAUAGUGAACAAGAAACUGACAUGAAAGAUUCUGAUAGUAAUUGGAUAGAAACAGUGGCUUUCUGUAAAGAUCCAGCAUUUCAAGUAGCUGCAACGGGUAGUUUAAAUGGAGAAAUUUUUAUUUGGGAUAUUUCAAAACAGGUACUUCGACAUAAAAUAGAACAAGAAAGUGGUAUAAGUAAAGUUCUAUGGAGAGGUACUACAUCACUGCUUUUUUCUGGUGGACUCGAUGGUACUCUCAGAUGUUUUGAUGCAAGAAAUGGACAAUGUUUACAACUACUUACAGGACAUUCUGAGGAUAUUCUUGACUUAUACAUAGCUGAAGAAGGACAAAUUGUACUAACAACAUCUGAUGAUUCUACUGCAAGAAUAUUUAAUAUUGCAAAUUUGUUUUAAUGUAAUAUGAUAUUUAGGUAUUUAAAAAAUUUGUUAUGUUCUUAAAUAUAAAUAUAUACACACACACACAC